GACUCUUUCGGUUCUCAAUGAUGUGGGCGAGCUGAGGGCAGCAGUUUGUUGGUAUUUCUCAGCUAGUUGUUGUGUUUGCUGACUUGUUUCUCCUCGGCCGUUAUCGUGAAUGUGUCAGAGUGAAGCUGAAGGUUUCUAACAUGGAGGCGGAGAAGCUGCUGCUGCUCGCCGGUCUGUGCUUCCUGCUGUUCGCGGUGACUCCCGGCGUUUCCUCAGCGCAGAUCGACCCUCUGGUGUACGAGGAGCAGCUGCUGUGGGUCAGCGGGGCUCAGGGCCACGUCAACACCUACAGGAUCCCGUUGCUCACCUUCACCACCAAAGGGAGUCUGCUGGCCUUCGCUGAAGCCAGGAAGUCAACGGCCAGCGACAUCGGAGCAAAGUUCAUUGCAAUGAGGCGCUCCACAGACAAAGGAGCCACCUGGUCCCCGACCACCUUCAUCGUGGAUGACGUUACGGAGCCGGAUGGCCUGAACCUGGGCUCGGUGGUGGUGGACGAGAAGGUGGGCUCGGUGAUUCUGAUCUACACCAUCUGCUUCCACCUCUACCACUGCGGCCCAUCCAGCACCAUGAUGGUGGCGAGUCAGGAUGAUGGCCUCACCUGGAGCACGCCCAGAAAUCUCUCGGUCCAGCUCGGGGUCCAGAGCUUCGCUCCCGGACCGGGCUUCGGCAUCCAGAAGCGCUACAGUCCAGCGAAGGGGAGGUUGGUGGUUUGUGGUCAUGGCACACUGGAGGGCGACGGAGUUUUCUGCAUCCUGAGCGACGACCACGGACGUCACUGGUACAACGGUGCAGCGCUGAAAAGCAUUCCAUACAACCAGAAGAAGAAAGCGCAGGACUUCAACCCUGACGAGUGCCAGCCAUUUGAGAUGAUGGACGGCAGCAUCGUGAUCAACGUGCGGAACCAGAACAACUACCACUGUCGGUGUCGCGUCGUGGUGCGCAGCCGUGACGGAGGACUGUCUCUGCCCAUAGAUGAUCUGUCCUUUGACUACACGCUGGUGGAUCCUGCAGUGGCAGCUGGAGCUAUGCAAAAGGAAGGAGUGCUCUUCUUUACCAACCCAGCCAACGAACAGCACAGAGUGAACCUCACCUUACGAUGGUCGCUGACAAACGGCACAUCUUGGGAAAACAAGGCGGUCCAGAUUUGGGCGGGGCCGAGCGGCUACUCCUCCAUGACGUCACUGGACAGCGACUCUGCAGAGGACCGCAAGUACAUCUUUGUCAUCUACGAGAAGGGCCACAUAAACUAUGACGAGACCAUUUCAUUUGCCAAAAUCCACCUGUAUGGUGGCCUGUAGAGCACUUGUUUAGAAGGUAAGGGGAAGCAGCGUAGGUGUGAGAAGCAAAGCAGUCUGAAGAGAUUUAUUUUUUUGGGAGCGCAACUCCUGUUUUGAUAUCAUCUUGUGAUUGUGUCCCAGAUUGCAAGCUUUGAAGGGCAAACAUGAAGAAAUUAUUUCCUCCAAAGACUUUCUCAGGAAAAAAAGAGACUUACUGAACUCACUUAAUGAUAUCAAACAGGAUAGAAUAGGAGGCUCUACACCAUGAAUGUCCAGCAGAUUGGCCUGUGAUGAAGCUAUCUAAAAAUAUUUUUUGCUGAUUUUAGCUUUCUGUUCUCUGAAAAUCCCACAGCUGAUUUAAAUCAUGUAUCCACUUUUAUCAAGUGUCUUGCAAAUAACUGCAUGGCCACAAAAUUUAGUUUGGUUCUUGUUCUAAGAAAGAAACAUAUUCAAGCGCAUUAUACUAAUGAAAAUAAAUAUUAUUAUUAUUUUAGCAAUCAGAGAUCAUCGGUUGUAAAAUUAAUGGCUUUAAUUUGACAUUUUUAAAAAUGAUAUCUCCUGUUCCAAUGACAGCAUAUUUGAUUGACAGCAUAUUUGAUUGACAUCAAGGCGGUUUCACAAAAUGUAAAAAUGUAAUAAUGCAAUACAGAUUUUAAGCACUUCUACCAUAGAUUCAUUCUACACUCAAUAACGUUAUUUAUACUGAAAUGGUUCUACUUUGAAAUCAGGCACGAGUCUGUGGUUGUAAUUACAAUGAAAUUGCUUUUUUUUUCCUUUAUAAGAUGCAAGUGUGCCAUAUACUCAUGCAAAUUGAAAUCAUUUCUGCCUUUGGAAAAACAGAAAUUGUGAAAAAAUAAUGUUAAUAGCCUUUUUUAUCAUGACGUACUUGAACAUCUCUUGUUGGGUUUGAGUGGUUUUAGAGGAAUAGCAGUAAUAAUUUUAUUAAUUAGGUGUGUGUGUGUGUGUGUGUGUGAUUGAAUGUGAGAGUGAAGAGGUAGAAGGUGCAUAUUGUACCCUCUAAAGUACCCUCUUUUUUUUUUACCUGUGUAGAAUAUAGUGUAGUAUUUUCCAAUCAGUUCGCUCAAAUCAGUGUGCAGCAGGAUCUCUGCUGACUGUGGAAUAAAUAAAUGAUUCCUAACUGCUUUACGUGUUGUUUUAUAUAUCCUUCAGGUAAAGAAAUUUCAUCAUUUCAUCCUGCACAGUAACGGAUUUUUCUUUAUUUCCUUUUAAACUGUAAAACACAUGUAGGGAGAGAAAAUUGUUGUAUUGUAAUUGUAAUUACAAAAUAAGGCAAAUUCUUGAUUUCAACAACAACUGAGGAGAAAAUUUUUCAGAUGUGUACUAACCUAUUUUUAAUGACACUCUUCCUGUAUGUCCAUCACAUAACUUCAUUAAUAAUGAUCCCCUCUGUAAGGGGGAAUAUACUGUUUCAUGUUUAAUUUGCCCAAUAUUUUACUUGCUAAAUGUUUUUUGAUCUUCCUUUCAAAAUGUAGCUGUUUACAUAUAAGACCAUGAAAUUACGAUAAGAAAAAGGGAAUAUUGCCGAUUUUGCAGUUUGUCUUUAAUCCUUUUCUGUUAUGCAAAUCAACAAAUAAAGAAACUGCACCAUA